GAGGUUGCUUCCAAUCUUAGCCUCCAUAACGAUCUCUUCCACAUAAGUGAGUGCCAGGUCCAGCACCACUUCACUUCUGGUUCGCCUGUCCAACACGAGAGAGUUGUUGUCAGCAGAAUCCAGGAUCCCUGGUGACUGCUAGCAGUGUGCUGUGUUUUCCCAAAAGAUAUAUGAGUUGUUGAAAUCCCCAAUCACAAUGAGAGCCUGCAAGCAUGAUGCCUCUUGCAGCUGAAGAAGGAGGGCCUUAUCAACAGGUUCCUCAUGGUCAGAUGGCCUGCAGUAGACCUUGAUCACCAGACAUACUUGAUUGGUCUUGUCCCUAACUUCAACCUACAAGCACCCAACUUGUUCACAGCCAUUCCUCAGAGGAAGCAACCCUCAUCCUAUCCAUCCUGUAACACAGAGAGCAAUUCCCUAAGCUCUCCUACCUUGCGUAUCCCUGCUAAAAGAUUACAGUCAAGAGUGCUAGUGUUCCAGUUAUGUGAGUCAUCCCACCGUGGUUCGGUGAAAGCAGAAAGAGCAAAGUUUUCCAUUUCUGUCAAUUCCCUACAGUGCCUGUACGGAUGGGCACCCACAGCUUUUCUGGGCAGCUGUGCCAGGGCCUCACACCCUCCAAGAGAGGAAUUCCCUCUCCCAGUUCACCAGACCUCCUCUUUUCUCAGGUCAAAACCUUGUCCUGUCACCAUCAGGCCAUGGAAAGUCGCUCAGCACACACACACUCGAGAAGCCGGCUGAGCUGUUGACCCGCAGACCUUUAUUAGACUCUCUGCUGCAACGUCCCAGCACGGGCGCGCUGCAAAAGGCCUGAGGGAGGCCAUCCUUGCUCCCUGCUGAUGGCAGCACCGGGCCCCUCGCCCUGCUGCCCACAGGAGCCGCCGCCCUGCCACGCCCUCAGCCUGGUGGUGAGGUGGUGACCGUGAUGUCACAAUGGUGGCCAUUGUGACCCGCGGGCCGGGAGCAGAGCAAAGGCUGCCGGGCUGGGGCCCUGCUCAUUGCGGCUUGGUGAGGCGUGGAGAGAGCAGGGAUUUUCUUGACUCUCUUGUUUCUCACGGUCGAUGCCGAUUAUGUCUGAAAAGAAGGAGGAGGCCCCCAACUCUGGGGAGCCAGGUGAGAGCCCCAGCUUGGCCCGUGGCUGCCCGCUGGAGCUGCUGGGCCUGCAAUGCCCCCUUUCCCUUCCACCCCCUCCAGCCCUGCCCCUCAGCCAGCACGGCUGGCACGGAGCAGGCCCUGGGGACGGCCCCCAGGAACACCCGGCCCUGCCAGGUGCUCACCGCUGCUCACGGUUGCUCUCUCCUUCCUCUCCAGUGUGCGUGCUGUGCCGCCGCGCACAGGUGAACCCGGACAUCUGUGGGCAGACAUUUGCCAGCAGUGGGCUCUGUGCCCACGAAUUCUGCUUGGUCUUUGCCAAUGGCCUUUUGGAAUGGAGAUGCCCAGUGGGGGGAAUUUUUGGCUUCCCCAUUGGCGCCAUCCAGCGCACAGUCCAGCUGGCAGGCCAGAAGAACUGCUUUGUCUGUGGCGAGACGGGAGCUGCCAUCAGCUGCGCGCAGACAGGCUGCGAGCGCAGCUUCCAUCUGCCCUGCGCCGAGGACGGGGAAUGCGUCACGCAGCACUUUGGGCAGCACAGGUCCUUCUGCUGGGAGCAUCGCCCUCGGCAGGCAGCAGAGGCAGCUCCAUCGCAGAACACCGUCUGCGUCAUCUGCCUGGAGCCCGUGGGGGACAGCACGUCCUACCACACCAUGGUGUGCCCGGUGUGCAAACAGGCCUGGUUCCACCGGGGCUGCAUCAGGAAACAUGCCCUGCACGCUGCCACCAUGCGCUUCUUCUGCCCCGUCUGCGGAGGAAAACGGCGCUUCCGCUCCAGAAUGACCACGCUGGGGAUCCAAAUCCCAGUCAGACGACCAUCUUGGUGGGACGACGCAGCAUACCAGCCGCUGCGAGAAAGCCACAGGCGCUGCAGUGCCAACACGUGCAUUUACCUAGGAGGCAGGGAGAGGGCACAGGAAAAGGGGCUCUGGCAGCUGUUCAUCUGCAGCUCCUGUGGCUCAGAAGGCACGCACUGGUGCUGCUCCUUCUGGGCCAUCGGCAGAAAUGGCUGGGAGUGCGACACCUGCGCUGGCAGGGGCACCGCACCCCGCACCAACUCCGAGCAUGCCAGCCCCAGCACUUCCAGCCAGGAGGUACCGGUGCCUUCCCCCGUCUUUACAGGACCUCAAAACAUCAGCUCUGGUCCUGCUACGCAGGCAGCGUCCAGCCCGUCCUGCAACUCCCAGCUGCCUGAGCUCAGCGUCCAGCCCAGAGUGCCGCAGGCUGAGCAGACUGGCACCCGCUCACAUCUAUCUGAGGAGCGGGGCACAUCUCAGCAGCACCAAGGACGCGGUGGGAGAAGGCGGGCACCAGCUGCAGGCGCUGAAACCUCCUCCCAGAGCCCCACCAGACGGGGGACCGCGCGGUCCUCCAGAACCUCCCGGGCACCUGCAGCCACAAAGCGUCCCAGGCAGCGGGAGACCGGCCGCACAAGAAGCCGCUCCCCGUUGCAAGGCCGGGCCUCGGGCUCCCAGAGUCGGCCCCGAAGACACCGUGGUGGGAGCCGUACGACACCCCGAGGUGCUCAGACCAGCACCCGCACCUCGGCCAGACCAGCACCAUCAGGGUCCUCGAGGGCUCCCCCUCUGCCUGCACGCAGGAGACAAUCCAGGCAACGAGGGCGGGCCCACACUCGAAGCCGAUCCCCUGUGGGGCGUCGCGCUUCGACUUCCCGCAGCCGGCCCCGACAAGGCCGUGGGAGCCGGUCCAGGCAGCGGGGACCAGCCCGGGCACGAAGCCGCUCCCGGGCAAACCAUCCCAGAAGACGGCCCCACAGCCAGUCCCGAAGACGGCGCUGAUGCAGCCGUGUCCCAUCCCCUCGGGAUGGCUGUGGUCCCAAGCGGCAAAGAAAAUCAACCUUGAAGAGGGUCCACACAUACUGCCUUCAUCCUUUGGUGGACCAGCCCGGGCACAAAGCCGCUCCCGGCUCCAGCAACAGAGAAGACACCCCCACAACCAGUCCCAAA